UGAAAAGCUGGACCAUUGGGAUCAUCAACCGAGCCGUUCAGCUGCUGAUUAUCUCCUACUUUGUGGGGGCUAGAUGGUGAGAGGUUAAAAAGCAAGAGACAUCUGUUCUUGGAGAGCAGGAGAACUGCCCCCCAAGCUAGACAGAGGCACAGACACACUCAAGGGAAGACCUGCCCAAGAGAAAGGUACCUUUUCUGACUUAGUGUGGGGCUUUUCCCCAGGAAUGCAGAAAUGAUACCUAUUGUUAAACAGCAUAAAUUCUCGCCUCACUCUGUGUCAUAAGACACAUGCUAGGGGUUGCUCAAGGACCAGCCAGAUCCCAACACCGCCCUCCUGCACACAUACAAAGGGACUUUGGCAAACAAUGGCUGGGAGGAAAGCACGGGUCUGUCCUUCUUGCGGUCAUUUCUACACACUGGUUGGCACCAGGAAAUGCAGGCAGAAACCUCAAGGGUUUUCUUUCCUGGCUUGUGGGUCUGUGGUCGCUUGCCGUUCCUUGAAACGAUGAGUCUGUUUGUGAAAGACAGCCACUGACUAGAUCAUGAGUUAAUUCAGGCAAAUCAAAGAGUAUGUCCUGUGUGCUUGCAGCUGGAGCUGAAAGGUGGGAGUAGAUAGAUAGAUGGGCAGAUGUGGUUUUUCAUAGUUCUGUUCCUUGGGUUUGAUGAGAGUCUGUAGGCUUUAGUAUAGCAUUGUGGGGACAUCAGAAGGAAUUCAAGCUAUGGAGUCGGAUUAAAUGGCCUUGAAGCUACUUUCCUAUGUUGAAGUUUUGUGAGAAAUGUUUAGAUGUUCCAUGUCCCUUUCUCCAAAUUUGGCUCAAAACUGGUUUUUUGUUUUUUUUUUUUUUUGGUUGGCUAGUUGGUUAGCUUUUGUUUUGGAGACAAAGUCUCAUCUAUCCAAGGUUAUGGACUUACUACACAGGUGAAGGUGACCUUGAAUUCUUAAUCCUCCUAGUGCUGAAUUGCAGGUGUGGGCCACCACAUCCAUUUUUAUGGCUGGCUGAACCCAGGACUUUGUGCAUAUUAGGUCAGCACUCUGUCAACUGAGCUACAUCCUCAGCUGGUUCUUAAGCCUUCUGUGUGCACAUAUAUAUUCAGUGCCUUGAUUGUUGAUAGCCACAGGAUGGUAUAUUGGUCCAAAUGAAAGAAAAAGCUUUUCAGCACAUUCCUAACCUGGCCUGGCUCUCCUGGCUCCAGGCAGGACGUUGAUGGAAGACAGAGACAGCCAUCUCCUAGAUGGCUAAGCCCCCUUAGCUCUGCACUGCUCUUGGCUGCCCUCUCAUCAGAAUCAGAUUGAAUCCUCCAAUGCUGGGGUUUUGAGUCCAGUCUGCUCAAGGGAGCAUGAGAGAGGCUCUUUGGCAUCUUGAUAUACAACCCCAUCCAUCUCCUAUCCUGACAGCUCCCUGUGCAACAGUGCCUCACAGUUUCAUCAGCACACUCAACAGCCCAGCCCCCUGGCCCAAGCCCAUCUCUGUUUAUAGGAGCACAAACACCAUGUGACUUCAUGAAUGCAUUGUGAUUAAUUUAGCAAAAGUGCAUCAAGCGUCUCUUCAUGUCAGGCAUUAUUGUACAGUGAGGGUAGAGCAAUGGGCAGAAGCAGACAGGGUCUUUAUCCUGUGAGCAUCAUACCGUGAAUAGAGCAAGAAGUUGAUACUAACCCAGUGAUCCUCACAAACAAAUGGAAAGUUUCAAUGGCUUCUAAAACGUGCACAACACCUGAAAAGCUGCCGCUGUGGAGUCACUUUGGCUUCAUCUGAAAACUGAGGGGCGUGGAGCAUGGGUAUGUGUAGAGCCUGCUCUCUUAUAGAACCAAGACUACCAGUCCAGGGAUGGUACCAUCCACAAGGAGACCUCCCCCCUUGAUCACUAAUGGAGAAAAUGCCUUACAGCUGGAUCUCAUGGAGGACCAAAGGCCUCCAUGUGUCGAGCUGGAACAGUUACAGAGACUGAGUAUCUUGAACUCUGAGGGCUAUGGUGGCCGCACAAAGAGGAAGUCCUUCACAGUUAUGCAGAGUCGGUAGUAGGAGGCCCUCCCUGCUGCUGGGCAAGUCUGGGAGGAUCUAAAGUAGGAGAGAACGGAAGAGAGGGAGACUUGCCUCAUCCACUUGAUACCAUAAUGGCUCAAGGGAGUCUGUGAGGGUGACUCUACCAGAGACUCCUAGCAGUGGGGGAUAUGGAGCCUGAAUGGCCUUCUCUUGUAGACAGGCAGGACUCCCAAUAGAGGAAUAAAGACAGCAGCCCACCCACAAAACCUUUGACCCAAAAUUGGUCCUGCCUACAAGAAGUACAGGGACAAACAUGGAACAGAGACAAAGAUGGAGCAGAGACUGAGAAUGGCCAACCAAUGGCUGGCCAAACUUGAGACCCAAGUUUGAGACCCAUGGGCAAGAACCAAUCCCUGACACUAUUAAUGAUUCUCUGUUUUGCUUGCAGACAGGAGCCUAGCAUAACUGUUCUCUGGGAGGCUUCACCCAGCAGCUGAUGGAGAGACCCACAGCCACACGUUAGACAGAGCUCAGAGAGGCUUGUGGAACACUUGGGGAAAGGACUGGGGGAUCUGGGGGCAGGGUGAGGGGAUAGGGACUCCAUAAGAAGUCCAACAGAGUCAACUAGCCUGGAGUCUUGGGACCUCCCAGAGAUCCACCAACCAAAGAGCAUCCAUGGGCUGAGUGUCACCAGAACCUGGGCUCCCCGAACACGUAGCACAGGUGCAGCUUAGUCUUCAUGCAGGUCUCCCAACAGCUGGAGUUGGGGCUAUGCCUGACUCUGUUGCCUGCCUGUGGAUCCCAUUCCCCUAACUGGACCACCUUGUCUGUCCUCAGUUAGAGAGGAUGUGCAUAGUCCUGCAGUGACUUGAUGCGCCAGGGUGGGUUUUCUUGCACGAGAAGGCCUACCAAGUGCGGGACACGGCCAUUGAGUCCUCAGUAGUAACAAAGGUAAAAGGCUUCGGACGCUAUGCCAACAGAGUCAUGGAUGUGUCGGAUUAUGUGACCCCACCCCAGGGCACUUCUGUCUUUGUCAUCAUCACCAAAAUGAUCGUUACUGAAAAUCAAAUGCAAGGAUUCUGUCCAGAGAAUGAGGAGAAGUACCGCUGUGUGUCUGACAGCCAGUGUGGGCCUGAGCGCUUCCCGGGUGGGGGGAUCCUCACCGGCCGCUGCGUGAACUACAGCUCUGUCCGUCGGACCUGUGAGAUCCAGGGCUGGUGCCCCACCGAGGUGGACACCGUGGAGAUGCCUAUCAUGAUGGAAGCCGAGAACUUCACCAUUUUCAUCAAGAACAGCAUCCGUUUCCCUCUCUUCAACUUUGAGAAGGGAAACCUCCUUCCUAACCUCACCGACAAGGACAUAAAGAAGUGCCGCUUCCAUCCUGAAAAGGCCCCAUUUUGCCCCAUCUUGAGGGUAGGGGACGUGGUUAAGUUUGCUGGGCAGGAUUUUGCCAAGCUGGCCCGCACGGGUGGAGUUCUGGGCAUUAAGAUCGGCUGGGUGUGUGAUCUGGACAAGGCCUGGGACCAGUGCAUUCCCAAAUAUUCCUUCACUCGGCUAGAUGGAGUUUCUGAGAAAAGCAGUGUUUCCCCUGGCUACAACUUCAGGUUUGCCAAAUACUACAAGAUGGAGAAUGGCAGCGAGUACCGCACGCUCCUGAAGGCUUUCGGCAUCCGCUUUGAUGUGCUGGUAUACGGGAACGCUGGCAAGUUCAACAUCAUUCCCACCAUCAUCAGCUCGGUGGCUGCCUUCACUUCCGUGGGAGUGGGGACUGUUCUCUGUGACAUCAUCCUGCUCAAUUUCCUCAAAGGGGCUGAUCACUACAAAGCCAGGAAGUUUGAGGAGGUGACUGAGACAACACUGAAGGGUACUGCUUCAACCAACCCAGUGUUCACCAGUGACCAGGCCACUGUAGAGAAGCAGUCCACAGACUCGGGGGCCUAUUCUAUUGGUCACUAGGGCCUCUUCCCAGGGUGCCAUGCUUAUCCUUGGGCUGCAGAACCUUCAACAGGCCACUCUAUCUCAGCAGACAGAGGUGGGAGGGGGAGAAGAGGGGCUCUUAUUUCUGAUGUUCACCCCAAAGACCAGGUAUCUAGACCCUCACUGUUCAGCAGACAGGCAGUGCUUCCCGCUAAGACCUGAAUCUUGCCUUUACCCCUUGCAUGCCUCCCAUCUGCUUCCCUGGGUCCCAAGCAUCCAUCCAUUUCCAAAGGAUAGAGAAAAUGGUAGCUAAGGUUACAUCCAUAGAACCUACCACAUACCAGGGACUCCCAUACACAUUAUCUCUUUGCACCCUUAAAAUAAUCCUAUAAGGUAGAUUUCUGGGGGUGGGGGGUGGGGGGUGUUUUGUUUUUGUUUUUGUUGUGUUUUUAAGAGAAGGAGGAAUGAACUCUCUAGGUGUCUACUCUUCUGUGUCAGUUGCCUUCCCUGCCUUCCCAUGAUGCCCAACAGUGAGCUUUCUCAGGAAUGCAGACCCUACUUUAGGAGAGCCCAGGGAAAUGCAAUAUAAACUCUGAUAUAAAUUCUGCAAUAUAAAUUUCUGAUAUGGCCAAGUCCAGCUUCAGCAGGAAAUAGAAGGUGUGACUGUCAGUGGAUUUUUCCUUGCCUCACCCCGAAUCUCAAGCUCAAGCUGAGGAAUAGACCUUUAUUCUCCCAUGAGGUCCUCACACAUCCACACAUCUGGACCCUCCUCCAGAAUCUAGACAGAAGACACACACAUACAUGACUGACAAGAGGCAGUUUCUAAACCUAGCACCAUGCCCCAGGACAUCAGCUGUCCUAGUUUACAGCAUUGUUGGUAAAGCCACAGUUAGGGGCUGGGGAUGUAGUUGAGUAGGCAGAGUGUGUUGUCUAUCAUGUCAGCCCUAGGGCCAACCUGCAAGACUUCAUAAGCCAGGCACGAUGGUACACAUUUGUAAUCCCAGCACUCAGGAGGUAGACAUGGAGGAUCAAAAGUUCAAAUUCAUCCUUGACAACACAACAAGUUUGAACCCAGCCUGGGACCCACGAAACUUUCAAAAAGAAGUGGGGAGACCCAGUAAGAUCCAAUACCCUACGAGCAUUUGGCCAGGUCAGCCAGGCCUGUUUUCACAGGAUCCUAACAGGUGAUCAGUGAGAAGCUAAAGAAGCCUCAUAAACCAUCAUGGGCAGCAUUCUUGCUUAUAGAUCACUAACCCCGAGGCUAAAAAUGAAAAAUGGCUUGCCUUGUGCCAUUGUGAGGGGCCAUGAGAGGGCACAGGUGUCCUGUCUCCAUUGCCCAGGUGUCCCAUCUCCUUUUUGAGUCUUUAAAGAAAACAGGAGAUGAAGAGGAAGCUCUAAAUUGUAGAGGGCAAAGCUCAAGAACAGAUCAAGGUGUAGGAAAGAAGCAGCUUGAGAGGCUCUUUUGGUUUGGCUUGUUUAUUUGGUUGGUUGGUUGGUUGGUUGGUUGGUUGGUUGGUUGGCUGGCUGGCUGGCUGGCUGGCUGGCUGGCUGGUUGGUUGGUUGGUUGGUUGGUUUUGAUGAAAAGACUUUCCUAUGUAUUUCUGGCUGGCCUAAAUUUACAGAUCUCCUCCCUCAACUCAACUCUUCCCCAGUAUUGGGAUUUAUAGGCAAGUGCCGUCAUACAGCUGGGGGCAUCUCUUUUAAAAGAAUAUAUAACUAAGUGUCAGAAAAGUUCAUGCAAAUGAGUGGGCCUGAGGUAUAAGUUUAAUUAGUAUCAGGGUCAAUCUGCCUCUUAAACAUGGGCACAAUGCUGAAAGCUUAGCAGAGAUGAGCAUGCAUGUAGACAGAGGGCUGGCCCCUCACUGGAAGGUGCAGAAAGAUGUGGGGGAAGGAUAGUCUAGGAGGACCACAGGAGUGCUCACACAGACCCAACCCCAAUGGUCCCCACCCACCAGUUUCAUCAACCUCCCCUCUGCUUGCUCACAGCCCCAUCAUUAUGGGUGAUGGGGUACUGUCUCCCUAAUAGCAAUGUCAAGUCCUGGAUAGUGUCCAGAGACCUGGCCAGGCUUCAUCUCUCCAGCAGAGACAUCAGCAAAGGAAAGAACGCAGCCUCCAAGAAGGAGGUGCACAACCCCCUUACGCCGAGGCUGAGUUCACCAAGAUGCUCCCUAGAAGAAGAUGGAGACACUGUGUCCUAAGAGGAUCCUGUACCCCAGGCUAGGGUAAUUCUCCCCCAGGUGCCUAAGCCUCUUCUGGGACAUCAAUAAGUGUGUAAACUCCACCCUGUACUCCCCUUGUCCAAAACAAGUCCACUUCUAUGUGCUAGAUGCCAGCUAAUAGUAGAAAUUACAAUCGCCAGCUUAUAUCUGAUAUACUGUGGUUUACUCAGCGCCAUCCCUAACAUGGUCACACAGGCCCUGACCACACCUAGGGGGGAGGGGUUCUGUGGUUUGUUAUUAACCUUGUUUGGAAGAAAAACAAAUAGACAGUUCUUGGAACUAGA